GAGACAUAGAGAUAGAGAGAGGGGGAGAGAGAGGGAGAGAGAGAAGAAGAAGAGCGGAAGCAAAAAGGUGACAGCACAGAAGAAAUCCAGAAGAGAACGAAGGAGGACAAGAGGAAAUAUUGGUUGACAGAGAGAGACAACAUACGGUAAAAAAAGAAGAGAGGAGGAGAGGGAGAAAGGAGAAAGAGGCGUUCAUAAAAUAAAGUGAUAAUCUGAGGAAAGAAAACCAGAAGAAGGGGGGAGGAAACUAACAGCUGACAACGGACUUGGACUUAGUGGCGGUUUGGGCUGCGUGCACACAAACUCAGACAUGAGUAAUCGAUCUAUAGCAUGGUGGCUGAGACAGAUCGGCCUGUCGCAGUACACAAAGGCCCUGGAAGCGGAAUACUACGGGAUGGAGGGUUUGCAGUAUGUAACUGAUCGGGAUCUUCGAGAGGCAGGUGUGGAAGACAGGGAGCAUCGAGACAUCAUACUCAACCAUCUACAGAAAAUCCAGCAACAACCCAAACCUACUGCAGAUGUCUAUGCCACAGUGCAGCGUCGUCGCAGUCGGCUGAGCCGCAAACACUCGCUGGGCUCCUCUCUAGACCGGCCUGGGAGUGACCUCUACCGCCAGAGCAUCGUGCCCCGCCUGCGUCUCCGCGGCAACGGAGGAGAUAGCCAGCAUCAGCACCGACUCUCCUCCUCUUGCUCGCAGCUCCGCGCACCAGGGGAGGAGUUUCAGGCCGACCUGCAACUGGACUUGGACAGGACUCAAAAGCACAAGAUGAGCAAGCGGAAGAGUGUUGCCGCUUUCUUCAGUCAGGUGUUCGGUGGGCGUAAAGACAUGGACUUUAAGAAGGAGCUGGAGGAAGAGCUGAAAUUGAACACGGAGGACAUCAGGAGUCAUGCCUGGUACCAUGGAGACAUCCACAGAGAGGAUGCAGAGGAGCUGAUGGAGAGGGAUGGAGAUUUCUUGAUCCGCAACUCACGAUCCAGUGCCAAUGACUAUGUCCUCAGCUGCCGAUGGAGAGACGAGCCCAUGCACUUCAAGAUCAUACGCGUUGUGUUGCGGCCCAAGAAGGGCUACUCCCGGGAGCUGUUCCAGUUCGAGGACGACCAAUUCGACAACAUCCCGGCGCUCGUACGCUUCCACGUGGGCGGCCGACGGCCCAUCUCCCACGCCUCGGGAGCCGUCAUCUUCCACCCAAUCACGCGCACCCUUCCCUUACGUGUCAUCAGCGAGCGCCAGGCGGUGAAGGCCAAGGCAUCAAAGGACAACAAGAGGCGGAGCCUGAGCUCCACGCAUGUGGACAUGCUGCAGGUCCCCAACAACAACUUACUCAGGAGUGGUAGUCAACCGGCUAAUCUGGAGAGUGUGGGGAGGCCGUCUCUACAGUCAGCCCAGUCUGACAGCAACCUGCGCACAGGUGUUAAACCCCUCAACCCAUCCCCUUCCUCCUCCUCGCCCUGCGCCCCCGCCCCCAUCUCCCCAGUGUUCCGCACGGGCAGCGAGCCCCUCCUCAGCCCUCGCUCGGCCAGUCAGCGGCUCCCUAACAACUUCCCUGGCCAAUCAGGAUCGCCGUCCUCCUCGUCCAGCCAAUCCCCUUCCUCCUCCUCCACCACUGGUAUCACAUUAAGGGGAUCUGACGGACAACUGCACUCCCGGGCGCCGCCUAAACCGCUGAGGGUUUCCGCCCACUUUCCUGCUGGCAUCCCGCCUCCUACUUCACGACCGGACCCCUCGUGCUUCUAUGACGUGCUGAUUCCACAGAUCCCUCCCUCCAUGUUGCCAAAGGGCCAUGCCGCUCGGCUGCGUGCUGAGGAGAAGUGGCAGAGCCGCGCCCGCCUCACCGAGACCAGCUUCGGCUUUCUCGAGUCGCCACCUCCACUUCCUGGUCGACAGGAAGGGGCGGGACUUGGACUGGAAGAAGGAGAGGAGGACGGAGAGGGCUUUGUCAGGCCUCAGGAGGAGGCGGAGUCAAGUUUCCGAUUGGAGGCAUUUGAUUCGUUGCUACUGCCCGAGGGGAACAAGCCAUUGGAGCAGUCGGUGCUGGUCACGCUAAAGGAACUGUUCUCACGCGUGCCACCGCGAAACACAGCGCUACACAUGCUCAAUGUCGACUGCCAGGUGGCUCAUAUCACCGGGGUAACGGCGGAGCAGAGGAGGAUCAUGGGAGUUGGGUCGGGGCUGGAGCUGAUCACGCUACCGCACGGACGCCAACUCAGACAGGAUCUUCUGGAGAGGCAUCAUCUGAUCUCUCUGGGCAUAGCUGUGGACCUGCUAGGCUGCACUGGUACGGUGGGCCAGAGGGCGACUGUCCUCCACAAGAUCAUCAGUCUGGCUGAGGAGUUGAGGACUCACGUGACUGACCUGUACGCCUUCUCAGCUAUCAUGGCCGCUCUGGACAUGCCACAGGUGACACGUUUAGAGAUGACCUGGAGAGCGUUGAGGAGGAGCCACACCGAGACGGCAGUGCUGUUCGAGAAGACACACAAACCCUUCAUGAAGGCACUCAACGAGGGCGAUGACUCUGUGUUGUCUGGUCCCAUCUCCGUGCCCCACAUCGUCCCCCUGCUGCGUCUGAUGGAAGGGGAGGAGCCUGUGGAGAAUUCGGACCCUCUGAUUGGCUGCCAACUCCUCUAUAGCAUUCUGCAGGCAGCUCGCACCAUAGCACUCAAUUCAGAGCAGCAUCAGAAACAUGCACACAACCUGUUGUCAGUGGGUUGGGAGCCAAUCCCGGAGCUGCUGGAGGCGUUCCGUACGGAGUUCGCCCUGCGCCUGUUCUGGGGUCAGUCGGGUGCCGCCGCCGAGCAGGCGGAACGCUACGAGAAGUUCGACAAGAUCCUCACUGUGCUCUCCAACAAGUUGGAGCCCCUCGACAACCCCAUCGAUGAUCUUUGAACUUGUGACCUUUUGACCUUUGAACUUGUGAACCCUGAAUUUUUACACAUAUGAAAAGUCUGUCAAACAAGUACGACAAGAACAAGCGGGAGCCCUUCGACAACCCUGUCAAUGUCCUUUGAACCCAUCGAUGACCUUUGAACUUGUGAGCGUUGAACCCUAAAACUGAUCAAAAGUCUGUCAAACAAAUACAACAAGAUCCCCUUGAACAAUCCUAUUGAUGAUCAUUGACCUUUGAACCAUAACAAUGACCUCGGGAGCCUUAUACGACCCUUCUAUUUCCCUUUCAUGUUCCUGGAUCUCGUUUUCUCGAAAGCAUAAUUGCUAUUCAGCAAGCAACUUAAUAGGCUGCCAAUGGGAAAUUGCAUUGCAACCACGAAAGUUGCUAACUUAUUGAGCAAUGACGCUAUUAAGAAAUGCAACCCUGGUGUACAGUCGGGGUCAGCAAAUAUAAACAUAGUGGUCAAAGCCUAUUACAGAUCCUCACCGUACCCACCUAGCAAGCUGGAGCACCUCGGAGUGGACGUAGGUGAACUUUCACCAUUUGACCUUUGACACUGAACUUGGAACUGUUGAACCUCUUACACUGAUCUGGACAUCAGGAGUUCACAGGUGCACUCUAAACCUGGACUUUGAUAUUUUGUUUCCUUUUUGUGAUGUACAUGGUCUAGGUUUAGCAGACGUAAAUAUAGCCUGUCAAACAAAUGUAACUCCAUCCUCACUACUAAUAAGUUGGAAAAGCCUGUCGAUGAUCUGGGAACCUCUUGGGAAAAACCCUGACGCAGGGUUGACAAAAACAUUCACCUUUUAAGGACUAUUGUGGGUUCGAGUUGCACAGUGAGCACGUGUUGCUAUUUGAAAUUUGCAUACAAGUUUAUGCACCUUGGCAAAUUCUGAGGUGUUUUUUUUUAAGUUACAUUUUGCGGAUGUUUUUGUAGAGUUUUAUAAGUAUCAGCUUUCUUUCACCAGCAAACAUACCAGAUGGAUCAAAAGAAACUAAGCUAGCCUUUGCAAACAGCUAGCUGGAAAAAGUUGAUACUUUUUUUAAAAGAUAAAUUGAUGCACACGUUUUUUGUGCCUAUCUUUGUGGGUGUUUGUGUGUGUGUAUGUGUUUGUGUGUGUUUGUACAUGUACGUAUGUGUGCGGUAUGACAAGGUGUGAAUUAGCCAGGGCUCACUAAUACUUCCUGUGAAGCAACAUAGGAUUUCACAACCAAAAUAGUCUGACCAAGUGCCUAUCUGUGUGUGUGUGUGUGUGUGUGUGUGUGUGUGUGUGUGUGUGUGUGUGUGUGUGUGUGUGUGUGUGUG